GCCAUCUGGCCACACUGAUUUUGAUAACAUUGUUCGGCGUAUUGUUUGGAUUAGUUUCGUAUUAGUUUAUAUAGAGCCCGACGUAGCAUGCAAUGUGGCGAUUUCAGUCGCUGAUAAGCACUGGGACCCCGCAUCACUCAACCUCCGGCAGCUGCGACACCGACUCCCUCCCUCUGCGAUGACUGCCACCAAGAAGCGCCUGAAGAUCGUGGCCGCCGCCGUUUUGGCUCUGCUCCUUCUGGUCUAUUUGUACAGGGCUGUUAGCGUUUCGGCUGGCGGAAUGCCUUCCUUUUCGGCUGGCGAGGAAGUGCAGGCCCGCUGGCCGCCCACCGAGAGUCCACUGCAUCGUAGCCUGCAGAUGGCCUACGAAGAGCAGAGCUCCCUGAUCCGUGAGCAAAAGGAGGAGCUGCAGCGCACCCGGGAACACUUGGCCCAGUUGGAGGAACAAAUCCGUAGUCUACAGACCAGCACGCCGCGCAAAUACCAGAAGGUCAAGUACCUUAACUACAAGAACAGAAAGCGAAUCCUCAUCACCGGCGGAGCUGGUUUCGUGGGCUCUCACCUAGUCGAUGAUCUGAUGGUUCAGGGUCACGAGGUCAUUGUGGUGGAUAACUUCUUUACGGGACGUAAGCGGAAUGUGGAGCACUGGCUGGGACAUGAGAACUUUGAGCUGAUCCAUCACGACAUUGUGAAUCCGUUGUUCAUCGAGAUCGAUGAGAUUUACCAUUUGGCAUCGCCAGCCUCGCCGCCCCACUACAUGUACAAUCCGGUCAAGACCAUCAAGACCAACACCAUGGGCACCAUCAAUGUGCUGGGCCUGGCCAAGCGGGUGAUGGCCAAGGUAUUGAUUGCCAGCACCUCAGAGGUGUAUGGAGAUCCCACAGUGCAUCCACAGCCGGAGACCUAUUGGGGUCACGUGAAUCCCAUCGGUCCGAGGGCCUGCUAUGACGAGGGCAAGCGCGUCUCCGAAACUCUGAGCUAUGCCUAUGCCAAGCAGGAAAAGGUUCAAGUGCGUGUGGCGCGCAUCUUCAACACGUAUGGACCCAGGAUGCAUAUGAACGAUGGCCGUGUGGUGUCCAACUUUAUACUCCAGGCCCUGAGAAACGAGACCAUCACGGUUUAUGGGAAUGGCAAGCAAACCCGCUCCUUCCAGUACGUCUCGGAUUUGGUGGACGGACUUAUAGCCUUGAUGAGUUCCAACUACACGCAGCCGGUGAAUUUGGGGAAUCCCGUGGAGCAAACCAUUGGCGAGUUUGCGCAGAUAAUCAAAAAACAGGUCGGCGGACCAAGUGUAAUAAGGCAAACGAAGGCCAUGGAGGAUGAUCCGCAGCGUAGGAAGCCGGACAUAACGCGUGCCCGCCAGUAUUUGCAGUGGGAACCCAAGGUACCGCUGGAGACGGGCCUCCAAAGGACCAUAGCCUAUUUCCGCAACGAGCUGGCGCGCAGCGAUCGCUUCCAAGAGAGCUCCAACAAGUACUUUGAUACGCCUUAAGUGGGUUUAUAUAGCUUUGAUGCAAUGUCUCUAGUCUGCAAAAUGUAAAUAUGACCAACGAUAGCACUAAUUGUAAGCCUAGUAAGGACCACGUGAAAUCUGAAAUCUUUAAAAGUUUUAGGUUUAAGUUUAGGGUUCAAUGUUAACGCACUGCAAACUGUAUAUUACUUUAUUUUAGUUUUUUUACGCAAGCUAAAUUGUAAUUUAAAUAGUCACAGAAACUUUAUUUCACAAACCAAGACCACAAAUUAAGAAAUACUUGCCCACAAACAAAGAAAAACAAAUUAUUAGUACAGAAAUUUAUUUUUUUAUACAACUGCAGUGCUAUUGCUUUGACCAGGAGGUAAAUAACACUGGGAGUGGGACUGGAAUUAAGUUAAUGUGUAACUAACAAUCCUUUCUAUAGAAAAGUUACUACUACUAAGACCUUAAGGGUAGUUAUCCAGUUACCCCCCAGAUUCUAGGUAUAAGUAGGGUUCGGUUUUUCAGUUUCUGUGUAGCUUUGUAGACCCAUUAAAAAAACCAGAGGUUCUUCUCUGCCAACUAAUCUUA